UGAGCCCCGGUGCACCGGUACUUCAAUAAACACCUCUUGCUGCAUUGCAUAGAGAAGCGUCAGUGUCAGUCUUUGGGGUUUCGCUCGACUCCCGAGAUUAGGAGUCCCUCCGUGAGGAGGGGUCCUAACAGCAGCAUCCCGGAACCUGCCUAGGGGAUAGAAGCGGAUGCCAGGUGCGCCUGCCCGGGCUACCCGCCUCCCUCCCACACUGUCCCUGUCCCCCUCCCGGAGUUUUGCAGAGAGUGCAGGGGUGGGGAUGAGGGCUGUCUUGGAGAGACCUUCCGGGUCAGCCGCCCCGACCUGCACGCGGGGUACGGAGACCCUAAGGUGCAGCCGCGUGGGCCACGCGCGCGACCGGGAGCCCGCCGGCUGGGGGAGGGGGCGGAGCGUGAGACCCGCGGAACCUGACCGGGGGAAAGCUCCUGGCCUCGGGUCUGUCGAGCUGGGUUUGAGGACAUCCUCCCUCUCUCGCGCUCGUCCCGCCUCGGCGUCCUGCGGAGGCGCUGGUGCAGCCUUCCCGCCCGGCUCCGGGCCUGGCGCCUCGCGCUGCGGCGGCCAUGGCGCGAGGGGACGCCCCGCAUGACAGCUACUACCUGGUCGGGAUCAGCUUCUUCGUCUUGGGGCUAGGGACCCUCCUUCCCUGGAACUUCUUCAUCACCGCCAUUCCGGUGAGACCCGCGGCUGAUCCACAAGCCACAUGGCCAGAACUCUACUUCCCUCCGGCAGCACGGGACUGCAGCUCACCGGGCACUUUCUCCACCACGCCGCCUUUGACUCUUCCUUGUGCCCACUGUACUUCCAGGGGCGGCUGGCCGGGACCAACAACACAGCUGAGACUCUGAACACCAACCACACAGGCCCCACAGACACCUUCAACUUCAAUAACUGGGUGACACUGCUAUCCCAGCUGCCCCUGCUGCUCUUCACCCUCCUCAACUCCUUCCUGUAUCAGUGCAUCCCUGAGGUGGUACGCAUCCUGGGCAGCCUGCUGGCCAUACUACUGCUCUUUGCCCUGACAGCAGCAUUGGUGAAGGUGGAUGUGAGCCCUGGUCCUUUCUUUGCCAUCACCAUGGCAUCUGUCUGGUUCAUCAACUCCUUCUGUGCAGUGUUGCAGGGUAGUCUCUUUGGGCAGCUGGGCACCAUGCCAUCUACCUACAGCACUCUGUUCCUCAGUGGCCAGGGCCUGGCUGGGAUCUUUGCUGCCCUUGCUAUGCUCAUGUCCAUGGCCAGUGGCACGGAUGCCCAAACCUCUGCCUUAGGGUACUUCAUCACACCCUGUGUGGGCAUCCUCCUGUCUAUCCUGUGUUACCUGAGCCUACACCAUCUGGCAUUUGCUCGCUACUACCUGGCCAAGAAGCCAUCACAGGCCCCAGCUCAGGAGCUGGAGACCAAAGCUGAGCUCCUCCAAGCUGAUGAGAAGAAUGGCAUUCCCAACAGCCCCCAGAAGGCAGCACUAACUCUGGAUGUUGACCCUGAGAAGGAGCCGGAGCUGGAAUUGGAUGAAUCUCAGAAGCCAGGGAAACCUUCUGUCUUUGUUGUCUUCCAAAAGAUCUGGCUGACGGCGCUGUGCCUUGUGUUGGUCUUCACAGUCACCCUGUCAGUCUUCCCUGCCAUCACAGCCAUGGUGACCAGCUCCACCGGUCCUGGGAAGUGGAAUAAGUUCUUCAACCCCAUCUGUUGCUUCCUGCUCUUCAACAUCAUGGAUUGGGUAGGCCGGAGCCUGACGUCCUACUUCCUAUGGCCAGAUGAGGACAGCAGGCUGCUGCCCCUGCUAGUGUGCCUGCGCUUCCUAUUUGUGCCGCUCUUCAUGCUGUGCAACGUGCGGGAGCGCUCGCGGCUGCCCAUCCUCUUCCCGCAGGACGCCUACUUCAUCACUUUCAUGCUAGUCUUCGCCAUUUCCAACGGCUACCUGGUGUCCCUCACCAUGUGUCUGGCGCCCAGGCAGGUGCUGCCACAUGAGAGGGAGGUGGCUGGUGCCCUCAUGACCUUCUUCCUGGCCCUGGGACUCUCCUGUGGAGCCUCCCUCUCCUUCCUCUUCAAGGCUCUGCUCUGAAGAGUUCCAUUAGGGCUUCCCACAGCCCUCUUCUUGGCACCUCUUCUGGAACUGGGACCCAAGCUAGGGGAAUGCUAAGCCAGCCAGGUGUCUACUAGGCUGGGGCGCUUGGUUUACAGGUGCCAGGAGGGCACAGGAACCCCCCUCCAUCCCUGGCUGAUGGCCACUUGGGGGUGCUACAAGGAAGAAGCCCAGGAAUAGAACAGGACACAGCAGGAUUGACUUCUCCUAAACAUACAAAAGAGUACAUCAGGUGACAGGGGUAGGGGGACACAGGACAAGAGCUGUCCCCUGUCACCAGAACAGCCUCUGUUCUUCAAGCCACCUGCUGAUUCCAGAGAGCAAAAGCACCAGCAGGCCUUGCCAGGAAUGCACUGAUGGACUCUGCCUCAGUUCACGGUGGGAAGUGGGGCUAGCUCAGGACAGCAACGCCUCCUCCUCCUAAGCCCCACUGACCCCAUGAUCAGGUCUCUCCCACUGAGGUUAAACAGUGCCAGGGAAAUUGAGGAGAGAACAGAUGUUAAGGAUCUGACUGCUCAAAUGACUAGCCUUUGAACUUCAAGCAGUGUUUUCAUGGCCAACACUUACUGUCUCCUCUCCCUAGAACCCAACUGGGCUUGGCUAACAGAAAAAGUUAGCCUGCAUGUGAGUGCUGCACCACUUGAUAGUUUUCAAAGCUCUUCCACACCCAUGCUCUCACUGAAGUCUCAGAGACCCCUGGACGGGGUUGAGCAGGGAAUGUGCCUCCUUGUCUGACAGGAGAGGAAACCAAGUCCCAGAGGGAAGUGACUGAGCCAGGAUUCAGCCGCCAUCCCCCGCCUUCUCAUAGGUGCUGAUCAUCCUGCCCACCACCUGCUCCUUCUCAAGGGGCUCAGGGCAAGAAUUCUAAGCACCUCCUGCCAUCUUUUCAUCCCAUUUCUCCCUUGAAACCUGUUCCCAGGUUCUAAUAAAAACUGUUUGUAUAAUG